CCAAUUUCAGAUCAACAUUUGCAAUAAAGCUUCAAUUUCUUUCUUUGGUUUUAGCUGCUAAGAGUUGUUAUUGCCCUCCAAGAUACAUCCAACCCUGACGAAGAACUACAAAGUGCGGAAUAGCACAAGGGCCAUUUACGGCCCACGGUUUGUUUUUUGAUUAUAAAAAAUUUACAAAAUAAUCGCAUAUAUGUGAAGUUUAGUUUAGUUUAAAAUUUUAAAAAUAUGUAUAAAAACGUCAUAGUGGCCCCAAGAAUUGUAACGUAAUGUAAAUGUUUUACCCCAGCAAGUAUUUUGUACUUGGAUUACAUUAAAUGUUACGACUGGGAUGCCCACCAAUUCUAUCAUAUAGAACAUUAUAAUUAACAAAAUGUGUCAAAGUGGCACACCACUUUCUUUAAUUUUUACAAAAGUGUGUACACCCCUGCCGUGAAGUGAAUUUACACUCCCAGCAUAAUCACAGCAUUGUCUUGGAUGCAGCCUCCUCCUGCUGUUCCAUGUAAUGACCAGCAGGGUGCGCUUUUGGACGCAUAUAGUAGACUCUGAACCCUGAACUGAAGAAACAUUUUAGUCGUCUAUCUGUCCAAAGUGCUCGCAACAAAACCUUUCCUACCUACCUAAGUGCUUAACUUUUUUUCCGGCGUAUAGUGGACUUUCGUGCCCGAUAAUGGCUAAUAAAGCAAGCUUUGCCGACACCGACGUACAUCUGGAUGUUAAGGAUUAUUAUGGAAAGACGUUGAAGAACACCUCAGACCUGAAGAGCAAUGCCUGUGUGGCUCUAGCUGCGCCCCUUCCAAAACACAUCCUCCAGGCUCUGAAGAAAGUCCAUGCUGAUGUCACAGACAGAUACUUUGGUUGUGGUCUGGUGGCGCCAGAGUGUUUGGAGGGCUGCAAGAUUCUGGACCUGGGCAGCGGGAGUGGUAGAGACUGCUACAUGCUGAGUCAGCUGGUGGGCGAGACUGGCCAUGUCACUGGCAUCGACAUGACUGAGGAUCAGCUUGAAGUGGCCAGGAAGCAUGUGGACUUUCACAUGAAGGAAUUUGGCUACAAGAAGCCGAAUGUGAAUUUUGUCCAGGGCUACAUCGAGGCCUUAACAGAGGCGGGUCUGCAAAAGAACUUUUAUGAUAUCAUCAUCUCCAACUGUGUGGUCAACCUUUCUCCGGAUAAGAAGAAAGUUCUGAAUGAAGCCUACACCGUGUUGAAGGACGGUGGGGAGUUUUUCUUCAGUGACAUGUACUGCAAUGGAAGACAAACGGAGGAUAUUAAAAACAAUAAAGUCCUGUGGGGUGAGGGGUUUGGUGGCGCACUGUGGUACAAGGAUCUGCUACAGUUGGCCGAGGAAGUAGGAUUCAGCCCCCCGAGGCUUGUCACUGCCAGCCACAUCACUGUUGACAACAAGGACAUGCAAGCCAGCCUGGGUGACUUCAAGUUUGUCUCUGCCACCUACCGCUUGUUUAAGGUCCCUAAAGGCAGCACCAAGUCCUGUAAAGUCAUCUAUAAUGGUAACAUUACAGGGUCAGAGGAGACCCUCCUUUUUGACUGUCAGUACACCUUCAAGGCUGGAGAAGUUACGGAGGUAGAUGCUGAAGUAGCCUCCAUCCUGACCCAUUCCAGAUUUGCACGGGCCUUCACUUUCCAGCCACCAGGAGGCUCCUGUCAAACCUGCGGAGUCCAAACAAAGACAGGCACUGGGGAUCCUUUCGAGCUGGCUGCGCAGCUGCAGAAACAAAAUCCAGGUUCAGCCACAGGGGGGCGCUGCAGUACAGAGUCUGCUGCCUGCUGCAAGUGAUUGUUGGAAAUAUUAGUACUACAUCCAGAACGCCUGCAUCUUAAUAGAAUCACAUGGCGCUACAAAAGUAAAGUUAAAAGUCACCAAUUCUUGUUAGUUUUUACACACGCUCACUUAUGCAAUACAGCUAGAUUCAGUCAAAUUGGCUCAAAUCCGGUAAAUAUACUUUAUGGCUUUUUAGAUUUGACAGGAAAUGUAUGAUGUUUAGUAUUUCCUAGUCAUUGCUCUCCUCUUGAGAACAUAUAUGUUUGAUUUUACAUAAAGCCAGCGUUGUGGGAAUACUGUACAACAUAACACAUCAAUUUCUUGUUUAAUUGUACUAAUUGAUUAUGGUACUUACAAUCUCCCAUUUAUUCAUUUUUUUCAACGUACCUUGUUUAAGGUCACGUGGCACUGAAUCCGCACAAGUCGGGACAUGCAGCUCGUUUUUACUGACCCUCUGUGUAUUGUAAAAAUUAAGUCAUUAUUAAUGAGAUUAGGUGUUAAAAUAAUUUACUGAAAAUAUUGAUUUUUUUUUCAUAGCUUGGUGUGUCUUGUAUGACACUGGAUUGUUUUUUUGAAUCUUAAAUGCACAACAUUUAUGACAACUAUUCUGUAUGACAUCCUUCAUGGUAAAAAAAUACUCUUUGUGGCAUACCAUUUCAAAAUUUGCAGCAUGGUUGUAAUGAGUCACAUGACAUGUUUAGUGAAAAUACAUUUUGGUGGUCAUAAUAUGUGAAUUUUAAUGGACUUUACACCUUCUGGGAGAUGCCUUUGAUUAGUGUUACCAUGACAAUGAUGGAUGAGUGAAGGCGGAUGAGUGAAACCACAAGAUUUUUUCUUUCAAUUCAUGUUAGAACAUUUCUGUGUUAUUGCAAAUGUGCCAAUAGUGUACAUACAUCCUCUUAAGAGGCUAUCCAAACAAAGACUUGUGUAUUGUAAGUCACCAAUGCCCUACUGAAUAUUUAGUUGAAAACAUGACUUAUUGUGCCUAUAAGGAAUAAGACAAGUGAUCACAGACCUCAGUACAGGUUAUAAAUCGUGUUUCCCUCAAUGAACCGCAGCUCAUUUGUGGCAGAUGGACUCGUGCAGCAGCAGUAAAUGUUUCUGCUAUACAAGCUACAAGUUUUAUUCUUAUUGUACUGUCCCUUAUGAAGUUACACUGUAUACAAAUGAUGGAUUUGGGCUGUUCUCACUUUUAGUGAGGUACUGUUUGAGUAUUCAUUGGCUAUAAUGAAUCAGCAUAAUUUGGUAGUCUGUACUAAUCAUUACUAAGUGUUUUUAAAAAGUUUAUUACUGCAGUAAACAUUUUAGAAAUGAUUGUGCAUAUGUAUUUGUCUUGACAAAACACCUACAGAUGGUACAAUUUUUCAAAUUUUUGUGUAGUCUGAAUAAAGAUUUGGAUCUAUAAACUGCACGGUGUCAAAGUCCGAGUUAUUUUAAGUCAAAUUAUACAAUUUGACACCAUAUUACAGUAGUAUAUUACCAUAUUACAUAGUGCUGCUGAAUUUUGACAUUUUUUUGUAUUUUUUUCUGAAAUGUAUCAAAGCUAAAACAAGGCCUAUUGACAGAUUUCAAGUGACCAAUUAAAUUCA